AGAGUAGUGUUGUCAACAGCGUAGAAGGACUGGAAGAAACCGAGAACCCUCGCUCGAGCUCUUGCAAAAAUAAUGAAUAGAUAGCGGAAGAGAAUCGAGGAGGAAUUCUCAACUCAUCAGGGUUGAAAAAGAGUAGAUUAACGUUACAUUCUUGCAGAAUUUACUAUAACUCACAAAUAAUGGCGACUAAAAGGACGGUAAUAGUGACAGGGUUUGAACCUUUUGGCGAUCACACCGUGAAUGCUAGCUGGGUGGCAGUGCAGGAACUGGAGCGGUUGGGCUUGGGUCAGAGUGUGGACCUAUAUGUCUGUGAGGUGCCAGUGGAGUACCAGGCAGUUCAGAGUCUACUGCCAUCUCUAUGGAAACAGCAUCAGCCACAGUUGGUGGUCCAUGUCGGGGUCUCUGGGAUAGCCACCACAGUCACCCUGGAGAAAUGUGGCCACAACCAUGGCUACAAGCGGGUGGACAACUGCAGCUUCUGUCCAGACUCUCAGUGUUGCAUGGACGGUGGUCCUGACUGCAUCAAUUCAGUCAUAGACAUGGACCUGGUCUGCAAGAGGGUCAACUCCUCAAGGCUUGGCGUGGCAGUGUCAGUAUCAAAGGAUGCAGGCCGAUACCUGUGUGACUACACCUACUACACGUCGCUGUACCUGGGGAAGGGCAGGUCAGCGUUUGUGCACGUUCCUCCACUAGAGAAGCCCUACAGUGCCCAGGACCUAGGCAGAGCCUUGCAGGCCAUAGUGGGGGAGAUGCUGGAGCUUGUGGGUCAAUCUGAGGAUGAUGACCAUGACCACCACCACUGCAGCCACCAUCAGCAUGCUCACUAAAGAAUUACUUCCGGUGAUCUCUGUCCUCAACUCACUGCUCCUGUCCCCAAUGGACAGAUAAAUCACUUAAAGCUGGAAUCCUUAUUGAAACAAUAGCAAAGUGGUGACCCCGCCUCUGUUUUGGUAAAAACCUGAGGGAUGGGCCUGAAGUAAUGUAACCACUCUCAAAUUCAUAGACAGAGCUAUAUUCACGGACUGACCAUC